CAGAAAGAGGCAUCGUUCAACAUUCGGAGGGAAACACCAAUGACUGGUUUACUGUUUAUGCCAAAACAAUACAAAUUCUUCGAGAGAAAUAUCCGUACAAUUUCAAUGAUUACAAGAAUAUGACAAUGUUGAAUCAAGCAGCAGUCGAGGCGCUGUGUUCAGCAACUUAUUUAGAAAAUUACCUCGACACGAUGGACAACCUGCCUGACGACCUGCAACGCGUUGUGACACAAAUGCGUGAAUUGGAUAUCCAGUGUAAGGAUAUUCUUGCCGACAUAGAUGUCCACCACGAAACAUACAAAACGGAACCUGAAAGUAGCCCAGCUAAACGAAAGGCCAUGAUAGCUAUGCAGAGGGCAUUAAUCAAAUGUCAGGAAAUUGGUGAUGAAAAAUUAAUGUUGCUAGCUUGUAUUACGGAUCAUAUUGAAAACAGAGCAAGACAGCUAGAGCAAGAUAGAGAAAAUCUUGACCCUAACUCAGGUAGAGAUCAGGAGAAGGAGGAAAGAGAAGUAAUAGUUCACCCACCUAAACAGGUUAAACAACAAGAGGAUAAACCAGAAAAGGUACCAGUCAAGCGUCAGAGAAGACAAAAAACAAAUAACGAUUCUAUAAUCAGGGAAGAUAUAAGAAUGGAUGAAAAGGAUAAAGGACCAAAAAAGAAAAAGAAGAGGAAGGCAAAGAAAGAACAAACACCAACAUCCCCCAUAGAUCCACCUAUUGAUCCUGAUGAACCUACGUACUGUCUGUGUAACCAAGUUUCUUACGGGGAAAUGAUUGGAUGUGACAAUGAUAACUGUGUUAUAGAAUGGUUCCAUUUUAACUGUGUAGGACUUGUGAAUAAACCAAAAGGAAAAUGGUUUUGUCCGAACUGUCGAGGCGAGACAAGUAAAAUGAUGAGACGAUUUGACAAAUCAUAGUGCAAUAUUUGUUUUGAAUUAUUUUUAUGAUAAGCCACACAAAUACAGGUUAUAAUUAAUGGAUUUUCUAAACUAUGUUAGUUGAUAUUUUCUGAAAACUGUUUUGUAACGUUUUAGAUGGUAAAAGAAUGAAGGGUUCAGUAGUUAAGUGAAAAAAUAUUGAACUGUUGUACUGUAAAAGUUAUGUAUAAUAUGAAAACAUACUGAAAGUCAUCAAAAAGUAUAUCCAUUGUACUGCUUAUUUUAGUUCAAAAGGGAUUAUAGGUAGGUGCAAAAAUAAUGAUAAGGGGUUAAGUAUUUAAACUGAGUGAUAUUUUUUCCUUUUUGUACGUUCGCAAAAGAUUUGUGUUCGUAUAAUGCUAUCAUGUCGGCAGCUGCGGCGUCAUCAUCGUCUGAAGACACAUUUGGUUUCUGGACAAUAACUUUAGUUUAUGUGAAUGGAUCUCUAUGAAAUUUUACCAGAAGGUUCAAUACCACAAAAGGAAGGUUGGGAUUGAUUUUGGGGGUUAUGGUACCAACAGUUUAGGAAUUAGGGGCCAAAAACAAGCAUUUUUGUAGUUUCCUGACAAUAACUUGUGUGUAAGUGUAUGGAUCUCUCUGAAAUUGUACCACAAGGUUCCAUAUCACAAAGGGAAGGCUGGGAUUGAGUUUGGGGGUAAUUGCCUCAAAUGUUCAGGAAUUAGGGCCAAAAACAAGCAUUUUUCUAGUUUCCAGACAAUAACUUGUGUUUAAGUGUAUGGAUCUCUCUGAAAUUGUACUACAAGGUUCCAUACCACAAAGGGAACGCUGGGAUUGAUUUUGGGGGUAAUUGCCCCAAACGUUUAGAAAUUAGGGGCAAAAAAGGGACCAAAAACAAGCAUUUUUCUAGUUUCCAGACAAUAACUUGUGUUAAAGUUUAUGAAAUUGUACAUAUUUCCUGAAAAGAAAAUAAUCUUCAAAAUUUUUAAAAAAAUUUGGGGGAGGGGGAUUUUUUUUCCAAUUUUUUUUGGGGGGUUCAUAUUUUUUUUCUUCAAAAUUUUUGAAAAUUUCAAAUUUUUCCAAAAAAAAUUUUUUUUGGGGGGGGUCAAAUUUUUUUGGGGGAUUUUUUUUUCCCAAAAAUUUUCCAUAUUUACAUAGAUUAUUUCUGAUUUAUAUAUAAAAGCAACAAAUACUGAUAUGGUAGGAGAUACACACCAAACAGGGGGUGUAAAUUAUUAUAUAACGGAUUAACUAAGUAUUGUGCAACAGCACAGUAUUGCGCAAUAGCAAGAAAUCUUCAAUUGAAAAUAAAUACAAAUCUUUUAACCAAUUUCAAUGGGAUUAAAUUAAGUCUUUAAUUUUUAGGGGUUCUAACCUUGUAUUACUAUUUUGGAUAUUGGACCCCAUUUUUAAAUUGGUCUACAUUGAGGUCCAAAGCGUCCAAAAUUAAAGUUUGUUUAAUUUCAUCAAAAACUGAAUUAUUGCGGCUCUAUGAUAUGCUGAAUCUUAUUGUGCAUUUAGAUUUUUAUUUUGGGCCCUGUUUUCAAAUUAGUACAUAUUAAGUUUUGAAGGGUCCAAAAUUAAACUUUGUUUGAUUUCAACUAAAAUUAAAUUAUUGGUGUCUUUUUAUAUGCUGAAUCUAACCAUGUUGUUAGAUUUUGGAUAUCAGACCAUACUAGGUAAAUUAAAUGUCCCAUUUCAAAUUUUUAAGAUCUUUGACCACAAUUAUUCUGUGUCAGAACCUAAUUAUGUCAAAAAUUUGAUCACAAUCCAAAUUCAGACAGUAUCAAGCUUGAAUAUUGUGUCCAAACUUGCCCCAACUGUUCAGGGUUUGACCUCUGCGGUCGUAUCAGGCUGCGCUCGGCUAAGCAUUUUAUUUUUAAAUGGGACAGAAAUUAUCAAAGAAAAAUUUGUCAUUUUUUUUGUGAUAAAAUAUGCAAUUUCCUGGAAGCAUAUUAGGUACUACUUUUUGAAUUUAAUUUUGACCAAGGAAACUCAAUGUGUAAGUUAUCAUUUAUCAUUAGAGAAAAAUGAACCUUGCCUUUGAUUUAUUUUGUAUUUGGGACAUAACUCUUGACUACAUGUAUAAGGAUAAAUAUCUGAGCAAAUUUUAAACUUGCAAUCAUGUUUAUGAAAUAUUUAUUUUACAUGUUCAUGUUUACCAAAGACAAAUAGAGGAAGCUAAUAUUGACAAAGAAAAAAAGUAUAUACGGUGUCAAUUUAGCAUACAAUUUAAUGAACAGAAAUGAUAAUUUGCACAUAUAGUUUUUUGGCUACAACUGUGGUAUAAUAAUAAUCAUACAUUUGUGUUAUAAUGAUGAAUUUAAUUUCAUUUAUGAGUUGUAAAUACAUGUAUAUAAAGUUUAUGUAUAAAGAUCAAAUCUCAGAAA